UAUAAAGCAUCAUGGUCAAAGAAGAUCUCGUCCCAAGGAAGAAGGAUCAAUUCCGCCUUCGCAACUUUAUCGUCUGCUUCCUUCUUUCGCUCGGUUGUUGGGGGUUUGGCUACCCUUCCUCAGUCAUUGCACCUGUGCUUGCUGAGCCAGCAUUUCUGACCUACUUCAAUCUGGUCGACGUCACCACCAGCAAGACGACAAAUUACGGCCAAUCGAUCAUUGGAGCACUCAACGGUGUCUACCAAGCAGGAGCUUUCAUCAAUGUCUUCAUCACCUGCAACUUUUCAGACCGAUUCGGUCGCAAAUGGGCGAUGCAUUGGAAUGCCUUCUUGGGGAUUAUUGGCGGCACAAUCCUCACGGCCUCGGUGCACAUUGCCAUGGCCAUGGUCGGACGCUUCAUUCUUGGUGCCUCAGCUUGGGGUUUCCUAACCCUGACGCCAAUCUAUACCUCCGAGCUAAGCCCAGCGGCCUGGCGUGGUUUCUUCGUCGGCCUCAACGGCUUCAACAUCGCUUUUGCCUACGCAAUCGCAGCCUACAUGGGCCUUGCCUUUUCCUACGCUGGCAAAGGACCGCGAGCCGAAUUCAGCACGUCAAAUGCAACAUGGAGGGGCCCUCUCGGCAUCUACCUCUUCGUGCCAAUCCUCAUGAUUAUCGUGACCAUCUUUUCGCCAGAAUCGCCCAGAUGGCUCCUUAUGCAAGGUCGAACGGAGGAGGCGAAGGAAAUCCUAUACAAGCUUCAUACGGACAAGGACGGGAACACCGAAUUUGUCGAAGAAGAGUUUGCAGAAAUGGUGUCGCAGAUCGAAACGCAGCGCCAUCUCAAAGUAUCAUGGUUCGACAUGUUCACAAAGAAGGCGUACCGAAAGCGUACCUACAUUGCGCUUUUCUAUUCUUUCCUCGGCCAAUCGACUGGCGUCCUCGUGCUCAACAAUUACGGCCCUUCAUUCUAUUCUGCGCUAGGCUACGGAUUGCAGCGCCAGCUCGUCUUUCAAGCGGGAUGGGUUACGGUCGGCUACCCCUUCUGCUUUCUCGGGGCUGUCUUGAUGGACCGUGCCGGUCGACGACCGUUGAUGAUGGGAUCCAUUGCCGGGUGCUGUGUCUGCGUUGCCGUCCUGGCAGCAGCCACUGCGCGCGUCGGAGACAACGGGAGCAUUGCGGCCCUCGGUGUCGCAGCCAUCUACAUCUUCAUUGCAAUCUACUCGAUCGGCGUCGAUGUCGGCGGCAACGUCUUUUAUGCUGAAGUCUUUCAGAAUCACGUCAGAGCAAAGGGUGUGGCGUUGGCUAACGCCGUCUUGGCCCUCUCGGACCUCGUCUACCUCGAGCUGACGCCGACGGCUCAAGCCCAAGUCGGAUGGAAGUGGUUCCUGCUCUUUAUAUGUAUCUCAGCAUUUGGCACUGUUAUUCUCUACUUUGUCCUACCCGAGACAAAAGGCGUGUCGCUCGAACGCAUGGCUCGCAUCUUUGGCGACGAAGAGGGAACGGGAGAAGACACCGAAGGCCCACAAUCGGUUAUCCGACAACAGGAGGAGGGAAGCAGAGGAGGGGGCGUCUCGAUCUCGUCGACGGAAAAAGAGACGCCGCUACAGCAUCACAAGCGAGACGGACAGACUGUCAUCGAGACGAGCGAUCACAACGGUUCGCAAUGA